ACUCCCAAUUCCAUCCCGCUCGGCAUCCUUUUACCAUCGCCGCUUCCUUGAUCCACUCGCACUACCAUGGCUCGAUAUACCGGCACUUCAAGCGCGGCUCGUCAGUCGGAGCCGACAAGGGCGGCCUCUGCCAAUACCUCAGCUGAUGUUAUUACAGCGAGCACCAGCAACAUGUCCCCCAACACCCCUACCACCACAUGGCUGAGGAUAUGGCCGCGUCGAAACACGAAAGAGGAUGAUCAUCUUGCGGAUGGGUGCCUCGUGAUGUGACAUCCGUGUUGGUCGCCCGAUGAAGUGACAAAAGGUCCACUGGUCCGUUCUGUUUGCACCAUUAUGACGGCCAAGGCGCCGGCAUACCACGCUCGUUUGCGAUGACUACCCACGAGACACGCACCCAGUUCUGCUUAACCACGCCUCACCCCUGGAGCGCCUCGAUUCAUGGUAUAUAUCUCAGCUGCUUGCUCCGGAAGAGCCCUCUCGUGUCCUACACCUCGAACCCUCACGUAGCUAGUUUCACCACUGCCAGUAGCUGCUACAAAUUCCGUCCUCGUACACAAAAUGCGUCUUGCCGCUUCUCUUCCUGUUGCGGUUCUUCUCGCCGCCGCAGAGGUUACAAUGGCUACCCCCAACCCCAGCAUCACUGCUGCUCCUACGACCUCGAACAAUCUCCUCAACACCGCCACAUCCAAACAGCCCUCGGUAUUCACCACCAUCACGUGCAGCCCCAAUGGAAACACUGAGGAGGCAGGUGAAUAUGUCAGGCAUAACUGCAAGGUUUAUGAGUACAGGCUCAGGAGCUGGAGAGCGGUGCUGGGUUUGCUGUGCCGUUUCUGGGCAGUCUCUGGGAAAUGGCCGCAGCGGCUGCAAUAGUCAUGCUGUUUUGAGCUCUUCGCCGUUAUUACCAGACAAACUGCCUGCGUCUACCGCUAGUAGCAUGCAUGAGGAAAGAUAGAGCCGGAUCGGCUUGGAUGAGGAUCGUAUGUUGAAGGAGGCUGAGGCGGAAGAUCGGAAAUGCUACCAUUUAAACUACUUAGUGC